GGCCAUGUCACAAGGAGGGAGCAAAGGCCCUUCGGCAGAAGCAAGGAUUAUCAGGGAACACAAACACAUGAAGACGGUGGUUUUGGUAGGCCUACAUUAAAAAAAUCUGCUUGUGUUUGCUAGGCCAUGGGAUAUACUCUAGGAGGGUUUCUGAGCAAGGUGCCUGCCUGGUUUCUUUUCACUGGGAUUUUCCUGCCCGUAACUUUACUUCUGUUACUGCUCAUUGCCUACCUCCGGAUCAAGCUGAAAGAAGUGAACAAGCAAUUGUCUCUGGCCAAUGAUCCCACAGAUAUUGUCCUCCAGUACUAUGCCAAACGCAGCAAACUGAAGAAUUCAAAAAGAAAGAAAGAUCAUCAGUAAGAAGAUGACAAUUUCUUUAGAGAAUGUCACUUUGGAUGGUGGGUUCAGCUUCAGCUAUUUACUGGAAAAAUUCAACUGCAGCUUACUGUUAUUUAAAACCCGGGAGAGAUAUGUGGAUAAAACCCGGGAGAGACAUGUGGAUAAAAAAGAAACCAUUAUUUAAAAAUACUUUUAGUUAUUUUGCUUCUUCUGAUGAGGCCACAGCUUUUUGACCUAAUUCAGAAAAUAGCUUCAUGUUCUCUCGAGGGAAAAAAUAAAACUUCUCACAAGAUA